UUAUCUUGCAAAUAUUAUUACGUCGUGCUGUUGUGAUCUUGAUUUCUCCACACCUCCAUCUCGAAGUAGACUUGCAUACAACUCAAGGAAACACUCUGUUAAAGGCUGCCACCAUGCCCUGCCUGUGUGCCCUCACACCCCAGGGAUGCCACUGUGCUCUGUUUGUAUGCCCUUACACACUAGGGCUGCCACCAUGCCCUGCCUGUGUGCCUUCACAGUGACUUGCUGGAAACACAAGAUGCUUCACAUUAUUUUCCAACAAGGCCUCUCAAGAUGUGCACCACAUCCACACUACUCACGUCUCCUCAGGUUGUCAAAUAUUGCUAUAAGGAAGGACAAGUACUGCCUCACGUCUUCCUCUUGUACAUCUCUAGAAAAAGGUUUUGGUCAGAAGAGGCACAGCCACUAUAGUACUGGUAAUGGCAGUAACAAUAGGUGGGAAUACACCAACAGUCAGUGGUACAGUAAACCAUUAGGCAAACUGAUGGGUGCCCUGGGAACCGUGGCAGUUCUGGGACUUGGCACAGUUCUUAGCAAGUCUCAAGAAGAAAAGAGAUCCUGUGAUAGUGAGGCAGCUCACCCAGUAGUUGAAACCCGUGUGAAGAAUGAAGAAGCUGAGGUGGGGAGAGAUGUUGUUGGUACAGAAAGAAGACACAGGUGUGGAGAAGCAAUAGUCAUCCCACAAACAGGACCUCAUGUAGAACCAUGUGAUGAGAAGCUAAGCAGACAUGAGCAGACUGUGAAAAAGGCACGUCAGAUCCUGAGACGGUUUGCAGAGGAAGUUGGGGCGCCGGGCCUGGUGGUUGGUGUCACUGUGAAUGGCAGGCAGGUUUGGACAGACGGGUUUGGUUUUGCUGAUCUGGAGAAUGGUGUGCGUUGUUCACCAGCCACAGUGAUGAGGAUUGCCAGCAUCAGCAAGUCUCUCACCAUGACUGCUGUGGCCAAGCUGUGGGAGGAUGGGAAGCUGGAUCUGGAUGCCCCAAUACAAAAGUACAUUCCAAACUUUCCAAAGAAAACUUACAAUGGUGAAGAAGUCACCAUCACCACUCGCCACCUCGUAAGCCACAAGUCUGGCAUCAGACACUACAAGCUGAAUGAUCCCCAAAAGAACAGCAAAAAGAAAGGCUGUGCUCAGAGUAAUGAUGAUAGCAAGGCUGAGUCUCAGACAACAAGUGACAAAGGAAAAGAAGCAACCACUAUUUCAGCUGAAAAUGACAAGGCUUCCAAAAAAGAGGAGUCACUGAAAGAGAAGGAAGAUGUUAGUACUGAAAGUCAAACAAAAAAGGAGAAAGCAGUUGUAACAAUAAGCAGUGAAAAUGAGACUGCAUCCAGUAGCAAAGAUGUCAAAGAAGAAAGCAAAAAUGAAACUACUAGAUGUUCAUGUGGUAAUCGUGUUCCUAGAAGAAAACACAAGAAAAAAAAGGAAGAAGAAGAAGAUGAAUUUGAUUUGAAGGAAUAUCACAUCAAAGAGGAAUUUGAAACAGUUAAAGAUGCUUUAAAACUUUUCCAGGAUGAUGAAUUAUUUUUCAAACCUGGUGAAGGGUACCUGUACACCACCCAUGGCUGGACUGUGGUGAGUGCUGUGGUGGAGGCAGCAGCUCAGCAGCCCUUCACAGAGGUUGUGGAACGUUUGUUCUAUGAGCUGGGCCUUAGCAACACUUACCUUGACAUGCCAUCACCAAUAAUCCACAACAGAGCCAGUUACUACAUUAGGGAUAAGCAUGGCAAACUGAAGAAUGCUCCUUAUGUGGACAAUUCAUACAAGUGGGCAGGAGGUGGCUUCCUCUCUACAGUAGGUGACCUGUGCAAAUUUGGCAAUGCCAUGCUGUACUCUAGCCAGCAGGAGAGUAAAGGUGAAGGAAACACAGCACGACUGCCUGGGUACUUGAAGGCAUCCACUAUUUGGCAGCUCUGGACUCCAGUGAAGGGUACAAAGAGGAAGGACUGGGUGGACACUGCUUAUGGCAUGGGCUGGCAGACCGUAACAAAUAGACACUCACACCCAUUUUGUCGUAAUUCCCGCCACCAUGCCCUACAUUCUGGGGCUGCUGUGGGUGCCAGCAGCGUCCUGUUGGUGCUACCCCAGGAGCCAAAUGGUGGUGUGCCUCAGGGGGUGGUUGUGGCACUAAUGGCCAACAUGCAAGGUGUUUCAAUGAGCAAGGUGGCCCUAGAGAUUGCUGAACUCUUUGAAAAGGAUCAGUGAAGUAUUCUUUAUGAUCAGAUUGUUCCUAUUACUUGGUGAAGCCUACAUCAAGCCUGCCAAGACUUGUGCUCAAUGAAACCACAGCAAGAUGUGUAAUGUAUAAUAAGUUUUCUCUUCAUGUAUUAUUAAUUAAGUCUUUUUAAUUCAAGUAUUUUUAUGCAUUUGAAUCAGGUCAUUUUAACCCAAAGAAUAGUUUUUGAACACACUCCUUAUUUUACAAUCAAUCCCGGUUUGGUUAUUUGUAAUUAUUUAGGUAUCAAUGAAGAAUAUUGACACAGUAUUCCUUGAGUGUUAAAAAAAACCCUGAUUGAAAUGAACAGUGAGAGAACUGGAAAGCCUUUCCCAAGUAUUUUUUUUUAUUUAUCAGACAGUUUUAUGUAGAUCUCUUGCCUUAUCAUUUCUUUAAAGGGAAUAUCAGCUAAAUAUAUUAACAUACUUAAAUAAUGUAUAUACCACCAGGCUAAGACUCCCUAUAAAAGGAGAUUAGCCAAGAGAAUAUCACAUUACAGGGACAAAGAUAUAGAGAAUGGGAUCUCAGUCCCCACAAAGUGUCCCUUUUUAGGCAUCUUUGAAUGCACACAGGGAAUAAUACUGAGACAGUUUUCUUCCAACUUUGCCAUAGAGUGUAUGGCUAGGCUGUUCUAGUUACAGGAAAAAGCUAAACAAUAUAUUGAAAAGUAAAGACUUGUAGGAAAUAUAGCUAACACACAGGAAUCCAUAUAAGUAAAGGUCAAAUAGAAAUAAAUUGAGCUCUGAAUAUAAUUGCCCAUACCUGCUAUACAUGCUGUGAGGAAACAAGCACAGCUGCCAGCAAUCAUGGCCCUCAGCACCACCUUGGCCAGGUCCGCCUUGCGAUUGGGAGCCAUGGCACCAAACCCUCCCAGGUUGAUGCCAAUGGAGCUGAUGUUGCUGAAUCCACACAGUGCAUAUGUUGCAAUGACCUCUGCUCUAACCUGUACCAGUAAGGUAAAGCAGGACACAAUGUAUUAAAGUAACAAGUCCAGUGUGUCUUAAACCCCAUUUACUUUUGAAACACCUGGACAGACAAUGCACUUGAGACUCAGUUAGGAGCUUUAUCUGACAAUAAUUUUAGUCCUGUGCUAUUUGUGACUCGUUAUUCUUAUUGCAGUAUAGUGAAUUACAUUUCCCAGUAGUUUAUUACACAGGAAAAUGUCAUCACUACACAUUCACCACUCUUGGCAGCAGGUCAUGAGUGCACUUGAAUUUUAGAUUUACUGAACUUCUAUGAAAGCUUCUCUUGGCAAAAUUUAAGUCUGAUUCAUUGGGGUUUAUAAUUUUCUUAUCCUCUCAUUCCUUGAGAAAAAAAAAAUCUAGAAUGGGAUUUUUGCUUGCUUAAACCAAAACCUUAUGGAUUCAACCAUAAUAUUUUUAACCAUUUGGCUAAUAAUGACAGCCAACAGCCAGGUAAAUAUUGGAUUUAUGUAAUAGCCAAUUUAAUUGUUUACAGCAGAAUAUAAUGCAAGUCUGAUCUAUACUGAAUGGGCAAAUAUGAGAUUAUAUACUUUUGCUACACAUUGUAGUAUUUUUAUAUUCUGGGCAGAACAAGUUUAUAUAUAACCAUUUGUGAUAUUUAGGUUGUAGUUAUUAGUUCUGUAUAACUUACAGAGAGCUGUCCAGCUUUCAACAUUUCUGAAAGCUUCUCAUAUGCCACAAACUCGUUCAGUAUUGUCUUGAGUCCAAUGAGCUGCCCCACCUCGUCACACUCGUCCCAGUCCACUCCCAUCACCCAGGCUAGUGGCAUGAAGAUCCACCCAAACAAACUCUGCAAGACAAAGUUUUUUUUUUUUAAGUACAUAUAUUUUCACAAUUUUAACAAACUUCUUAAUGGCUAUUUAUGACAAGUAUAAUACACUAUAUAUUUAUAUUAUGGUGCUUGUAUGCAAAUAUGUAUUUUGGAAAAUUUAGAAAAUAUACUUUAUAUGGUAA